GACAAGUGUUUGCAAAACAAACAGCACUUGAAAUCCAAUCGUUUGCAGAAUUGUUGACAUAAUUGAGACACAAAUCAGUGAUUAUUUGCCAUUAAAUGAGUUGUCAGUCACACCACUGAUGACUAUCAUCCGCACCAAUGCUCCAGAAAUGCGUUGAUUUGUCUCAAAACAUAUAAUAAUGAAUCCAUUGAUACAGACAAUCCUUAUUCUUCUGGUGCACGGCUUCUGUGCUCAACAACCGGACCAAUCGUUAAAACAUGGGAUUAGAGGGAACGGUAACCACCAUUUGGACGACAGGUCUUUGGACGGCAUCGCAGAGCACAUGCCAUCGCAUAAUGGGGUACAGAAUGAGCCACUCAUGAGCCACAAGACGGACACGAGUGGUGGUCUCCUCCUAUCGUCGCACCCGUCGUGUGCGGAAGACAUAGCGCGGGUCUGCGGCCGCACCGGUAUCUCACUCGACAACAACCUAUCGGUGCUGACGUGCGUCCAGAACAAGGAGGAAGACCUGCAUCUGUCGGCCGAUUGUCAUCACCUGAUGUGGUCCUACAAGAGGAACCUGACGAACGACAACCACUUCGCUUCUGUGGCCAAAAGUGUCUGCAAUCGUCUCAUCACUGAAAACGCCGACUGUUUGGAGACGGAGGACGAGAAGGUGUUGAGUCCGUCCGCUAAUCUCAUGUCGUGUCUCAUCGAAAGACUGGUUCCCGAGACGGACGUCGAGUGCAAAGCAUUCCUCACCAAAAUGGAGUUAAUUAUCUUCAGUGACUACCGUCUCAUCCAUAAGUUCACUGACUUUUGUGCCAAAGAUAUCGAGAGACAAAAGUGCGGUCGCAUUGACACCAACUCGGAGUCGACUCACUCGCAGGGCUCGACCAUCGAGUGUCUGGAGAAGUCGAUGGAUCAGUUGACCGACUCGUGUCAGCACCAGAUCCUGAGGAUCGCCGAACUACAGAGCGAUGACUUCCAUUUGGAUCGGAGUCUGUACUUCGCGUGUCGUGAAGAUCGCGAGAAGUUCUGCCAUCGGAUCCAAUCGGGUGACGGACGCGUCUAUCGAUGUCUUAUGCGCCAUAAACUGGAGCGCGAUCUGAGCCGCAAUUGUCGCGAGAAGCUGUUCCAGAGGGAGAUGUUGGCCGUCAGGGACUACAAAGUGGCGCACGGGUUGGCCAAAGCCUGCAAACAAGACAUUAAGACCUACCGGUGCAGAGAAGCCACGUCUGACCAAAAGGAGAUCCGUUUGGCGCAGAUCUUACUCUGUCUGGAGAACGCCGUCGCGAAGAACCUGGAGGUCGACGCGCAGUGCAGGACUGAAAUGCUGACCCAUCGCACAAAUCUCCUCCAGAACUAUAAUCUAACCCCAGAUCUGGUCUCAGCCUGUGAUACUGAUAUUCAGAGCUUGUGUUCGGGAAGUCUUGAAAAGGGCGGCAAAACUAUACACUGUUUGAUGAGACACUCGAAGAGGAGUCGCUCCAGAGGUGCCAAAAAGAGUCAACAAAUCAGUUCUGAGUGCAGGCGAGCCCUCGAAGACCUCCUGAAAGAGGCGAACGUCGCCGAGGACUGGAGGGUCGACCCCGUGCUCCAGGAGUCCUGUCAAACACCAGUCGAUAUGCUGUGUCAUGACGUGGAGCCCGGAGAGGGACGGGUGAUGUCAUGUCUUAUGGAUCACAUGGACUCGAAGGACAUGAGCGAAGACUGUCGACAAAACUUGCAUCAAAUCCAGUACUUUAUGGUGCGUUCGUUCGAGUUGGACACUCCUAUCUACAAGUCGUGCCACAGGGACGCCGUUAAACACUGUCACGCCAAGAGUGAUUGGGUGAACAAACCGGGGGCUAUAGACCCCGAGAGGGGCCCCAGUGUGCUGUCGUGUCUGUACCGCUAUGUCUAUCACCCGAACCCUAAGGUUCAACUCAACCAUCAGUGCAUUUACGACAUCCGACGCGUUAUGAGACGAAGAGCCCAAUCAGUGGAUCUCAUGCCUAACAUAGAGGAGCCGUGUCUGCAAGACUUGGCCCACUUCUGCAGCGGUCGCGUCGAAGGACAGAAUGAGGAGGACGUGCUUCAGAGGGGAUACGAAACGGAAUGCCUUCAAAAAAAUUACGACGAGUUGGAGCCCGACUGUCGCGCAGCGAUCGGCAACUUCACCGAAGACCUGUCCACUUAUGUUGAGCUCAAUUACCCCAUCAUUAAGGUGUGCGCGCACGCCAUCAAAGAUGUCUGCAGUGACCUCAUGGACAAAGACAUCGAAGAGGGCGAUGUCAUGGAGUGUCUCAUUCUCAACAAGAAUAAGAUGGCAGUCAAGCGGUACGACAAAUGCCAGGUCGCCAUCAAUCACUUCCAAGUGUUGCAGUUAAAGAACUACAGGUUUUCACACAAAUUCAAAGAGUCGUGCCGUCAGGAUGUGCUCCAACACUGCCCUACAGUCACCACCAAAGCCGAUGUCAUCAAGUGUUUGAGUGGUAUUGUCUUCAACGACACGCUCACCAGUCGGCGCAGACUUCGUGUGUCUCCUGAGUGUCAAAACCAACUGAGAGUGGAGUUGUUGGAGAGAAACGAAAACAUCGAUUUGGACCCAAAUCUGGACAAAGCGUGUAAACACGACAGGGAAACGGUGUGCAGAGGUGUCAGUGCCGGCGAGUCUCUGGUCGUGAACUGUCUCAAGACUAAUAUGCAUCGCCUCACCAAAGCCUGUCAGCACCUGCUGUUUGAGCGCCAGCGCAUCGAAAUGAGCGACAAUUCCGUGGACUACUCGCUGAUGACGAACUGCAAGACAGCGAUCGGCAAGUUCUGCACCGCCGAUGACUAUAAAGACAUUCUGUUCUGUUUGCGAGACCACCGCUACAGCCAAGGCAUGGACGACAGGUGUCGGUCUGUUGUACUGAAACGGUUGGCCCAACAGAACAACGACUAUCGGCUCAAUCCGCGCCUCAAGACUGCGUGCGUCAGAGAUGUGCCCAAAUUCUGUGCGAAAGUCAUCGACGACCACAGGACUGACCCACAACUGGAGGGCAAAGUGAUUGCGUGUCUUAAGAAGCAAUACGUUUUGAACAAAUUGUCGCAAACGUGCGAAAUAGAAGUCGUGAAUAUCAUACGCGAGGUCUCGCAGAACGUCGAAUUGGAUCCCAUUUUGUAUAAGUCGUGUCAACAGGAGAUCCAAACGAAGUGCGCGGAUGACACCAACGAUGUGACCGAAUGUCUGAAAACCCGUUUCCAGAACAAAGAGAUCAGCGACGAGCGGUGUAAGCGAGAGGUCGCGCGACUCAUCACUCAAGUGAAGGCCGACAUCCACUCGGAUCCGCUUCUCUACAAAGUGUGCGUUCAGGACCUCAAGCACUACUGCGCAGCCAUUCCCGCCGGACACGGCAGACAAUUGUCCUGUCUUUUGGCCGAACUGGACGUUGGCUCCAAAAUGAGCGCCGAAUGCAAGACAAUGCUCGUGAAGAGGGUCGAGAUGUUUGAAUACGCGGCCCAAAUGGCACCGGCAGAGAGUGUGGCCGACGUCUACAAAGUGGUGGCCGCGUCGCCGCAGAGGAACUACUUCUUGUUUGUCUUCUUUUGCUGCAUUACUGUCAUCUUCGGCGGUGGACUCCUCUGCGGCCGCAUCACUAAACCCGUCACAACCAGCGAUAAAAUUAAAUAA